GUGCCAGGUUGAAUUUUAUUUUAUGUGGGAAGUGCCACAUUCAUUUACGUACAUGGAAAAAGAAUGACUCAAUAACUAGAUCGCACGCCGAUAGACCUGAAGAAUCAUUGUAUGACUUGUGUUACCAGUACAGAGGUAUCACAGAGAGACGUAACAGCUACAGACAACUCAGUUUGUAAGUUCUGCAGCUGAAUGACAGUGAGAGUAUGGCAGCAGCACAUGCAUUCCAGCUCAGGAUUCUGCUUUUGGGAGACAACAAGGAUAAACUGAAAGGAGUCGGUGACUUCAUCAUAGGGAGUAGAUAUUUUUGUUCACCAUUUGAGGAAAGAAAAGUAUGGAAAAGAAACUCUCUCACAGUUGUGAAAACUCCUGACAUCUUUACUCUAUCUAAGGAAGAAGUGAAAGAAGAGCUCAAGACCUGUGAGAGCCUCUGUGCUCCUGGUCCAAAUGUGCUACUGAUGUUAGUGGAACCUUCUAAAUUCACAAAGGAGUGCCAAAAAACUUUCAAGUACAUCCAGAUGUUUUUUGGCCAAAAUUUCUUAAAACGUGUAAUGAUCAUCACAACACAUGAGGACAAUGAGACAAAUGAUUAUUUUAAAAGGCUUCUAAAAAAAUGUGAAGGAAAACAGUACAAUAUGACUGAACACAAUCAUCAAAAGCUAAUGGAGAAAAUUGAAAACAUUGCUUAUGAGAACAAAGGAAAAUUCCAAACAGUCACUGUAAAGACCACAGAACCAAAGUCUGAAAAGGUCAAGCGGACUUUAAACCUGGUUCUGUUUGGGAGGGAAAGAGCAGGAAAGACUUCAGCAGCCAAGGACAUUUUAGGUCAGACAGAGCUUCACUCAGUCUCCAACUCAUCAGAGUGUGUUAAAUAUCAGGGAGAGGUGUGUGGACGUCAGGUUUCUGUGGUGGAGCUGCCUGCCUUGUAUGGAAAACCUCAGGAGGCAGUGAUGGAGGAAUCACUCAGGUGUAUCUCCCUCUGUGAUCCUGAGGGUGUCCAUGCCUUCAUCCUGGUCCUACCUGUGGCUCCCCUCACUGAUGAAGACAAGGGAGAGUUAGAAACCAUCCAGAACACAUUUGGCUCUCGAGUUAAUGACUUCACCAUGAUCCUGUUCACUGUGGACUCAGAUCCUACAGCUCCAACUGUUGUUAACUCUGUGAGACAAAACCAGGACAUUCAGAAGCUCUGUGAGAAAUUUGAAAGGACAUCCAUUUUUCUCAACAUCAAGGACAAACAGGAGAUCUCACUGAUGUUAGAUACUGUAGAAAAUAUGAAUGAUGUGGAAUCUAAAUGCUUUAGAAAGGAAAUGUUAAGAAAUCCUCAGGUUAGUGUUCAAACUGUAACAAAGAGACAAAGUAGAAGAAAUAAAAAUGUCGUUGGUCGAAGAACGAGCAAAAAGGGAGCAGAAAAAUGUCACAGCAAAGAGCCUCUCAAGAUGGUGCUCAUUGGAAAGACUGGCAGUGGGAAGAGUGCAACUGGAAACACCAUUCUGGGCAAAGAACAUUUUGAAUCGAAGGCCAGCUUUGAGUCAGUGACCACAUCUUGUCAGAAAGCAGCAGGAGAGGUUGAUGUACAGCCUGUUGUUGUGAUCGACACCCCUGGAUUGUUUGACACAACGCUGUCAAAUGAUGAUGUUGAAAAAGAGCUUCUGAAGUGUAUCGACAUGUUGUCUCCUGGACCUCACGUGUUCUUACUGGUGCUUCAAAUCAGUCGCUUUACACAGGAGGAAAAACAGACUGUGGAGUUGAUCAAGAAGAUCUUUGGUCAGGAUUCCGUUAAUUUUAUCUUUGUUGUAUUAACCAGAGGUGAUGACCUAAACAAUCAAUCAGCUCAAAGUUUCAUAGAAACAGAUUCUCCUGAAUUUCUCAAAAAACUAAUUGAUGAAUGUGGAAGGAGAUACCAUGUCCUCAACAACAAAGAUCAGAAAAACCGCCAUCAAGUCACUGAGCUGAUGACCAAAAUUCAAACAAUGGUCGAUAACAAUGGCAAUAACUACUAUAAGAUACCAAUAGAAUGUAAAUUCAAUCUGAUUUUGAAUGAGAUAAAAGAAAUGCAAAGAGAGAAGGAUGAAAAGAAUGACCUCAUAAGAAAACAUGAAAAGGAAAUCAUAGAUCUGAGAAAAGAAAUGGAAGCACGGAAAUCUGAAAUGGGAGAAGGCUUGAAAGGGAAUACUGAUAAAAUGGAGAAAAAAAUAAAUACCCUUGAACAGGAGAUUGAGAGGUUGAAGAAAAGUCAAGAGGAUUACUUGCAGCAGAAAAAGAAAAAUAAGUGUGUCUUCUUAUAACAAUGUAGGUCAUUGUUUAACAUCUUCAAGUCCACCAACAGCAUAAGUCAGGAGGUCCAGUUCACUGACCCCAGAUAGCAGAGGGGAUCAGUUGCAACUCCUGUCUCAGGACACAUGAGUAAAGUAUCCGUGUGAAUUAGAUAGACAUCAAUGUACUGACUAUUUAAAAUCAGAGUGGAAAAUAUUAAUAAAAGUCAAAACCUUUCCUUUUGUGUGAAAUACAAAGAUGGCAACUGAAACUGUUUAAUUUUGCAUU